AUUGCCUCCUUGAAUUGUUGAAAAACAAACUUCUAUUGGGUUGCAAGCCAAUAUCAUUCAGUUUUUAUCACUACAGAGCAGAUCAGUAUUUUUGGGUUCAAAAGUUUAGCGCACACAAUAAUUCAACGAGAAGCAUGAUGCGGAUAGUGAAAGCGACGUUUGGAAUUCUUCUCCUGGGCGCAAUCCACCAUACGAUUGCUGCUAAUAUUGAAACUUUGAAGCCUUUUUCUGCAAAGUUCACCCACGAGGAUGGAGUCUAUGAUAUAUCUGCUUUGCGGCUUGACUGGUUCAGCGCAAGAAACUUGUGCAGAAUCCAAGGAAAGGACUUGGUGAGCAUUGAAACGGUCAGCGAAAACAGCGCCAUCAUGAACGCAGUCAGCGCAAUGACGACCGAAUCUUUUUGGAUUUCCGGCUCUGACCUUUUCCAAGACGACGCAUUCUACUGGGACUCUACCGGAGUUGCCAUCGGUCCGUUCCAAAACUGGGGACCUGAUGAGCCUUCUGGGGAUGGAGACUGCGUCGAGCUGAACAUCGACAUGAACCACUUGUGGAACGAUUACGACUGCGACGCGGAAAAACUGUUCAUUUGCGAAUGGCACCCAUGUCCCAACGUCACAAGCUUUUGAAAAUUUGCUCUCACAAAAUAAAUAAUUUCAAAUACA